AUGCGGUUAAGCGUAGCAAGGGAUGCGGCUGCCCCCAAAUCCGAUGUCGAUUCGAAGGACUAUUGGUACGGCACUACGGAGCGAGUAGAGCGAUGGCGACGCCAUAGUAGAUUGAACCAGGGGCUGUACCAGCAGCACAGACGCCAUGGGGGCACAGCAUUCGUCAAGAAGACGGACCAACCACCUGAGCCGGCACGCGAGCGACAAAUAUUUGAGGAUCUGGCAGCAGCUGCGUACCAUAGCUAUAUUCUAGGCUGCCCUAUUGUUGACCAAUUACUGUCCCUCCCUAGAAUAAAUGUAUACCGUGCGUUUAUAAACAACAUCAGCUUACUUGGACUGUUUACGGGUAGCCUCUGUGAGACAGAUAUUGUGUCACCUUUCAACCAAGCAGGACCGACACCACCCAUGGUGAAAUCGCUUCCUUUCUUUGCCCGUCAGGCACACAACGCUCUUGUCACCAUCAUCUAUGGCUCGAUUCCUUUCCGCAACCUCAAGUGCGAGAUAAUCUUAUCCGUGCCCAGGAAAGAUACGACGAAGACGAGCUCUGCUCUGGAACCCAAACGCAACUGA